AUGGGUGAAGCUUGGCCACCUUUGAUACUACCACUGUUUCUUAAUCUCCGACUGAGAGAACUAGAGAGGGAGAUUUGGGAAGAAUCUCUACCACGAUCGGGACUCAAGAUUGAUUUAGAAGUGAUUUUAAUGGAGGAAGAAGAGGAAAGGCAAGAAGUAAAACAAACGAAGAGCUCACUUGUUUGUAGUUGUACUAGUAUUGUUGUUGCAAUGCUUCCAACUGAUGGAAGGGUCACAAUCUUGUACUUGAAAUCGCAAAAGUUGGCUGGAUCGAUACCAUCUUCUAUAGGAAACCUUACAUCUCUUACUACUAUCAACUUGCAAAACAAUAGCUUCCAUGGUGAAGUUCCUCAAGAAAUAGGCCGUUUAAAGCAGCUGCAAACUCUCAACUUCACAUUCAAUUACUUUGGUGGGAGUAUUCCAACGAAUUUAUCUCGUUGUACAAAUCUUAGAGUGCUUGAAUUUGGUUACAACGAGUUUAUUGGGCAGAUUCCGGACCAGCUUAGUUCAUUGUCGAAACUGGUAUAUCUGGGACUUGGAGCUAACAAUCUUACAGGAAGAAUUCCAGCUUGGCUUGGCAAUAUUUCUUCUCUUCUCAUUAUGUUCCUUUCGCGAAAUAAUUUACAAGGGAGCAUACCCAAGGAACUAGGUUUGAUAUCAGGCUUGAGACUUUUUCAACUUUUUUCGAAUAAUCUGUCUGGUACCAUCCCUACUUCAAUUUAUAAUCUCUCUUCUAUAUACUAUUUCGCUGUUGCUCAAAACCAGCUGCAUGGGCAGCUACCCUCAGAUGUUGGUCUCACUCUCGCUAAUCUUGAAAUAUUUUAUGGUGGUCUUAACUAUUUUACAGGAAGUAUUCCUGAAUCAUUGUCAAAUGCUUCUAAUCUUUCCGUCAUUGAUUUUUAUGGAAACAGCCUCACUGGGAAUAUUCCAGAAAGCUUUGGAAGCUUGAAAGGUCUAAUUAGACUUAAUUUUAACUAUAAUAGACUUGGAAAGGGGGAAAUUGAUGAAUUGAAUUUUUUAUCUGCCCUGGCUAAUUGUACUAGUCUUAAAGUGUUGGGUCUUUGUUGUAAUGGUUUUGGUGGAGAGUUGCCUAGUUCCAUAGGAAACCUUUCAACUCAAUUGCAAACUUUAGAUGUUGGGAUGAAUCUUAUUCAUGGGAAUAUCCCUCCUGGGAUUGGAAACCUAGUUAACCUGGCUGCCUUAACAUUUAAUGAAAACUACUUGAGUGGUAGUGUUCCAGCUGAAGCUAUUGGGAGGCUCCAGAAUGUAGAGGUAUUGUCUUUAGAUUCCAACAAGUUUUCUGGAUUAAUACCAUCCUCUCUUGGUAACUUUACUAAAUUAAUUCAGCUUCUUUUGAACAGUAAUGAAUUUGAGGGAAACAUACCUGCAAGUCUUGGAAGGUGUCAAAAAUUGCAAGAAUUGGAUUUAGAUAAUAAUAGUCUAAAUGGCACCAUACCCAAAGAAGUUUUCGGUCUUUCUUCCAUUUCAAUUUAUCUGGGAUUGUCUAAUAAUUUUUUGACUGGUUCACUACCACUUGAAGUGGGUAACUUGAAAAAUCUUGGAGAGUUGGAUGUAUCCAAGAACAAAUUAUCAGGUGAAAUUCCUAGUAGCCUUGGUAGUUUUGUGCAAGUUUGGAACUAUCUCAAUCUUUCGUAUAAUAAGCUUGAAGGUGAAGUACCCAAGGAAGGGAUAUUUGCAAAUGCAAGUGCCAAUAUUUCACUUAUUGGAAAUGAAAAGCUUUGUGGCGGUGUUCCAGAACUACUUUUAAAUGUAACGACUUUAAAAGUCUUGUUUUUGAGUUCAUGUCUAAUGGAAGUUUGGACAACUGGCUACUCCGCGUUCCAACGAGCAACCUGUUGGAAUCAAGAACUUGACCUUAUGCAGAGACUAAAUGUGGCAAUUGAUGUUGCCUUUGCUUUUGAUUAUCUCCAUCACCAUUGUGAGACUCCAAUUGUGCAUUGUGACCUCAAGCACAGCAACGUGCUACUUGAUGAGAUAUGA